AUGGAAACUCAAAAGUUUCUCAAGUUACCACAUCUCCCGGCGUUCCCAUUCAACCCAGUCAGCAAAAACACUUUACCCACAACUGUCAAGGCCCCAUUAUCCAGCACAUCCACACGACGCACCGUAUUAUUAUCCCACCACCCUUCCAUCACCCCAAAGCGAGAGAAAGACGCAAAAAAACGUGUCGUUAUAACGGGUAUGGGUAUAGUCUCUGUCUUUGGAAGCGACGCCGAUAAGUUUUACGAAAGACUCUUAACUGGGGAGAGCGGAAUCAGUUUAAUAGAUCGAUUUGAUGCUUCAGAGCUCACCACACGAUUCGGUGGUCAGAUUCGUGGGUUCAAGUCAAAUGGAUAUAUUGAUGGAAAAAUGGACCAGAGACUUGAUGAUUGUCAACGGUAUUGCAUUGUUGCAGGAAAGAAAGCUCUUGAAGAUGCUGCUAUUAGCGGUGAUAAACUCUCCAAUAUUGAUAAGGAGCGUGCAGGUGUGCUUGUUGGAUCAGGACUUGGAGGCGCAACCUUGUUUCACAAUGGUGUAAAGUCUCUCAUAGAGAGGGGUUACAGGAAAAUCACACCUUUUCUAAUACCUUAUCAGAUAUCAAACAGUGCUUCUGCUUUACUUGCUAUUGAUCUUGGCUUUAUGGGACCAACGCGGAUUUUGUCUAAAAGAAACGAUGAUCCUCAGACUGCUGGUGGCGUUGAAGCUGCGGUUGUUCCUAUUGGAGUUGCUGCUUUUGCUUCGUUGGGAGCAUUGUCUAAAAGAAACGAUGAUCCUCAGACUGCUUCAAGACCAUGGGACAAAGAUAGAGAUGGCUUUGUUUUGGGUGAAGGUGCUGGUGUUUUGGUGAUGGAGAGUUUAGAACAUGCAAUGAAAAGGGAUGCACCAAUACUUGCUGAAUACUUGGGAGGUGCAGUAAAUUGUGAUGCACAUCAUGUAACUAGUCCACGAUCCGAUGGGUUUGGUGUUUCAUCUUGUAUUCAAAGAUGCCUUGCGAAUGCUAGUGUUUCUGUAGAAGAGGUAAAUUACAUCAAUGCUCAUGCAACUUCAACAAUACUUGGCGAUAUAGCUGAGGCAAACGCUCUGAAGAACGUAUUCAAGAACACUACAGGGAUCAAAAUGAACGCUACCAAGGUGAACUCUUUAUGGCUAAUAUUACUACAACAUCAACUCCAUACUCACAUCAUCUUUUUGUUUAACCGUAAUGGGAGUUUUUCGGAGCUUUUUGAUCAUUAA